GAAGCAGCAACCAGAUCGAGCAAGUACCACUCCUGCAUUAAAGGGUGUUUCCUCUUUCUAAUAAUGUGUGUCCCCUCCCAGAAGAGCCUUUAAAAGGAUACUACGAGCAUCUUUUCUCUCCUAUGUCUGCACUUGAUUUCUACACUCUCCUCAGGCUCAACAGCAUAUUGCAUCCACGUAUGGGGAAUAAAAUUCUUCUCAAGGCUUUCUGUUUGUGGGCUUUGACAUACUUCCUUCUUCCUGCUAGCUCUAAUGGCCUGGUGAGAAUAGGUUUGAAGAAGCGCCAUUUGGAUCUUCAGACUAUUAAGGAUGCCAGAAUUGCUAGACAGGAGGGAAAGGCAGGAGUAGGUGCAAGCAGCAGGGUCCAUGAUUUAGGCAGUUCAGAUGGGGAUAUAAUACCCCUUAAAAACUAUUUGGAUGCUCAAUACUUGGGAGAAAUUGGCAUUGGCUCGCCCCCGCAGAACUUCACUGUCAUAUUUGACACUGGAAGCUCCAACCUCUGGGUUCCAUCAUCAAAAUGCUACUUUUCUAUCGCCUGUUAUUUCCAUUCGAAGUACAAGUCAAGCCGGUCGAGUACAUAUACCAAGAAUGGGAACUUCUGUGAAAUACAUUAUGGAUCAGGAUCAGUUUCUGGUUUCUUCAGUCAAGACAACGUUCAAGUCGGGGACCUUGUUGUCAAAGAUCAAGUUUUCGUCGAGGCUACAAAAGAAGGAAGUCUUUCAUUCUUAUUGGGGAAGUUUGAUGGAAUACUUGGGCUUGGUUUUCAGGAAAUUUCAGUUGAGAAUGUUGUCCCAUUGUGGUACAAUAUGAUGCAACAAGAUCUUGUAGACGACGAGGUCUUCUCAUUCUGGCUCAACAGAAAUCCUGAGGCGAAAGACGGUGGCGAGCUUGUUUUUGGAGGGGUUGAUCCAAAACACUUCAAGGGAAAGCAUACCUACGUUCCAGUUACCCAAAAAGGUUACUGGCAGAUCAAUAUGGGAGAUUUUCUUAUAGGAAAACAUUCAACAGGUCUUUGCGAGGGGGGUUGCGCUGCAAUCGUGGACUCUGGAACCUCAUUGCUUGCUGGUCCAACACCAAUCAUCACGGAAAUCAAUCAUGCCAUUGGAGCAGAAGGGCUUGUGAGCGCUGAAUGUAAGGAAGUGGUUUCUCACUAUGGAGACUUAAUAUGGGAACUCAUAAUAUCAGGGGUACAACCCAGCAAAGUAUGUGCGCAACUAGGUUUAUGCAUUUUCAAUGGGGCUAAGUCUGCAAGCACUGGUAUUGAAUCAGUGGUAGAGAAGGAAAACAAGGAGAAAUCAUCUGCUGGUAAUGAUCUUCCAUGCACUGCUUGUCAGAUGCUUGUUAUUUGGGUCCAGAAUCAACUAAGAGAAAAGGCAACAAAAGAAACAGCAAUCAACUAUUUAGAUAAGUUAUGCGAAAGCCUACCAAGUCCGAUGGGACAGUCAUCAAUUGAUUGCAAUAGUAUUUCAACCAUGCCAAACAUCACGUUUACCAUUGGAGAUAAACCUUUUAGCCUCACUCCAGAGCAGUAUAUUCUGAAAACUGGAGAAGGCAUUGCUCAAGUUUGCAUCAGUGGGUUCGUGGCUUUGGAUGUGCCGCCUCCACGUGGUCCUCUAUGGAUUCUUGGUGAUGUAUUCAUGGGAGCUUAUCAUACCAUCUUCGACUAUGGUAACCUGGAAGUUGGUUUUGCAGAGGCUGCUUAGUGAUUCUUUAGCAAUGUUGUUGAAAUGUUUUGAUCAGAUGUUCCUAUGACAAUUGUUGUUGCAGAGUACUUAGUAACGAAAUCCCUUGUAAAUGUCCGUGCUGUUUUAGGCAUAUUAGGACUAUGCUUGGACAAUCUGUUCACCCUACCAUCUACAUAUCGAAAAAAUAUUUAAUAAGUUCAGUUCA